AGGCGCUGAGGCCGCGGAGGCGGGGUGAUGGCCGCCUCCCACCAAGCGGCGAAACUGGCGGCCUCCAGUCUCCAGGUACCGGUCAAUCUCAUUACUGGGGCGCGGGUCGCCCAGUACGAAAGCGAAGACCCCUUACAGGCCCUGGCGGCAGCGACAGCGACCUCGGAGGACGAAGAGGAGGAGAAAGUGGCGCAGCCCGCGGGGGCGUCGGCCGAUUUUAACACCAACUUUUCUGGGGUGGAUGAACAUGCACCGAGAAGCUCUGAGGACUUUGUGAACCUUUCUGGUAUUUACCACUCUAAUGAGGAGUAUUUCAAGAAAUUAGAAGAGUUGAAGGCUGCCCACAUAGAAACUAUGGCAAAAUUAGAGAAAAUGUACCAGGAUAAAUUAAAUUUAAAGGAAGUUCAGCCAUUGGUCAUCAGGGAAGACUCUCUUAGUGACUCUUCCAGAUCUGUAUCAGAAAAGAACUCCUAUCACCCUGUCUCAUUAAUGACAUCAUUUUCAGAGCCUGAUUUAGGCCAGUCUUCCUCCUUGUAUGUGUCCUGUACCUGCAACCCUCCAGUGCCCACGGCAUCUUCCAGAAAACGAGAACAAGCCAUAAGGAGAUCACUUGAGGAAAAGAAAAUGUUGGAAGAAGAGAGAAAUCGGAUGCUAACUAAACAGAAGCAAAGAAUGAAAGAAUUGCAGAAACUCCUGACAACCCGGGCUAAGGCUUAUGACUCACAUCAAAGUUUAGCUCAGAUAUCUAAAUGCAGAGUAAAAUAUCUCAGAAAGAGUGAAAAGGAAAGGAUGAGAGAAUACCGACGAGAACUAGAAGAAAGAGAAGAAAAGUUAAAAAAGAGGCCACUACUAUUUGAAAGAGUUGCUCAGAAAAAUGCAAGAAUGGCAGCAGAAAAGCAUUAUUCUGUUACCCUAAAAGCACUAGGAAUAUCUGAUGAGUUUGUUUCAAAGAAAGGCCAAAGUGGGAAAGUACUUGAGUACUUCAACAAUCAGGAGACGAAAAGUGUCACCGAAGACAAAGAAAGCUUUAAUGAAGAAGAAAAAAUAGAAGAGAGAGAAAAUGGGGAAGAAAAUUAUUUUAUUGAUACCAACAGCCAGGAUUCUUACAAGGAAAAAGGUGAAGCUGAUGAAGAGAGUGGAGAAGAGAAAUCUGUUGAAGAAUCACAUUGAACCAUCAAGGUCUCCUCUCUAUGCCCUUGCUGCUGUUUGCAGCGUCAGGGUGUCAGCAGCUGCAUUUGUGUUUAGAACAUCUGUGGGGACACCUCUGAUAUGUGCAGGGCAGUUGAGCAAAGUCAUCUGUAGCCUGAAAAGCCUGAAUCCAGCUUAUUGGUCAUUUGAUCAGUUAGAGUAAGGCUUUGCCUAUUCAGUUUUAAAAAUCAUUAUAUACAAUCUGUUUGCAACUAUGAUUUUGUAUUUUUUAAAAGCGUUUGAGAAUCACAGCUUUCACAAACUGUUAUAAAAAUAUAUGUUGUUUCAUUAAUUUUAGUAGAAAAAAUGGCUUAGUAUUGAAAGCAGAGAGAAAUAUUGGUCUUUGGUGAUUUACUUUUUAAAAUUUUCUGGAAAGUGUGAAUCAAUAAGUAUUUUUAAUUAUACUAUUUGUCCAUUCUUUUUCUCUGAAAUACAUUUCACAGAAUAAAUCCUUGAACUUAUUUUGCUACUCUGAGCCAUUUUUAAAACUAAAGAAAAAAAUACUUACAAAUUUUAUUUUUGCACUGAAAGUUUACUGUUAAAUUGUCUACACCAUCAUCCCUUUUUCUUUUAAUCCUUAGUUCUAGUCCAAACUAUUUUUGAUAGGUAAAUUAUUAGGAAAGUUUUUAUACUAGCUUUUUUAAACCUUUGCAUUAUUACAGAUGGAAGUAUUUAUGGCAUGUGUGAGUUAUAAUCUAAAUUAGGGGCAAGUAUUCCUGUUUUAUAUAUGAUGAAAUGGUACAUAAUAACUUGGCUAAGGAAAGUAUCCAAAAUAAUUCAGAUUUAACUCUUUACUGCUAGACCCAGUUGUGUUCAACUUUUUACAUAUUGUUGCAAACACACUUUGUCUCUCUGUGUACAAUGUUAAUCUGAUUUUAUGAAUCUAUAGUUUUUUUUCUUUAAGCAAAUUUUUGUUUUAAAAUUUGAAGCCAAUCAUAAAGCUGUUACAGCAUAAGACAUUUUCUUUUCUAAAAACAAUCAGCAUCAUUGUAAAAGGAUGAACUCAUAUAAGUGUAUAUAAUAGCAGUGUUUCCCAACUGGCAAUUUGUGUUUUAAAUUGAAAAAUAAGGUUAUUUUUCUUCAUCAGGGGCAAAUGUUAACUUGUAAUUUCCUUCCUACAGUUCAUGUUAAAUUACUUUUCACUUUUAUUAAAUUGUAAACUCCUUGGGAAUUGGCACCAUUUACAAAUUCAUCUUUGUAUUCCCUUAAUAUUUGGUGCAGGAUUGUACAUAUGGUAGGUACUUAAUAAAGGUUUGAAUGAC